AUGAAGGACGACUCAGACAGCGAGGACGACACCGAGGAACUUAAGCGCCAGCUCAAUAAGACCAACAGCGACUUCAAGGCAAUGCGCGAAAUGUUCAACCAGAACGCCGCAGCCCUUAGCGAACUCCAGGAACAAGCCUGCAAGAACCAAGAUCUAGAGAAAGAAGUCGCCACCCUCCGAGCUGCCGCCAACACAGAGAUCACCUAUAGGUUCACCCCCAGUGUGGACGACUCCAGCUCUGAAGAGGAACCUGACGACCAGGAAGGAAGAAUCAAGCAACUUCUGAGAUACUAA